AAUUUCCCCAUAAUUUAAUCCAACAAGCAGAGUCUCACUCUCCCAUGACAUCCCAUGCUCAUGAACUGUGAAAACACAUGGGGGGAGCGACAUAUAAAGAACAACAUUAAAUCCAUUGCAUUGACCUUCAACUUAACCGAUCCCCAACACCACUCGCUUCCUCCCCCUCCUCCUUCCUUCCUUCCUUCCUUCCUUCCUUCUUCUUCCCUCUCGCAUCACCUUCAACCUCAACCAUUCCAUCCUCAACUUUCACCUUCCCAAGCUCUCAACCUCACGCUGAGACAAGAAGAAGAGUCCCGGAAAUGGGUUGCUGCGUGAGCACCCACGAUGCUCCAUCUUCCUCGGAUCACAAGAAGAGAGCCCAAGUGAACUCGGCUGACAGCAGAGCCCCGCCUCCUCCUUCCGUGGACGAGGAGACCGUCAAGGAAGUGCUCUCCGAGACACCCACUUGCCCGAAGCCCAAGCCCGACUUCCCGGCGCUGGCGCGGCACCAGAAGAGCUUCGCCGCCGACGAGCUCUCCGAGGAGGUCUCGGAGGUCUGCAGCCUGAGCGAGACCAUGUCCACCGCCACCAACCUCACCGACGACGGCGGCGGCUGCGGCGGCGGCGGGGGCGGCGGUCGCGCCAAGCAGAGGGCCGGCAACAGGUCCCCGGCGAAGCUCCGGGGCCCGCCGGCGGCCAAGUCCCGGUCCCUGCCCGGCGGCGACGUCGGGGGCCGGAACGAUCACGGGAGCAGAUCCCGGGUGCCGGGUGGUUCGCCCGCCAGGCGGUCGGACCGGUCUCCGGGUCGCGCCAACGCGGGCGGAUCGCUGAGGAUGGUCCAAGGCAGGGACCCGGGUUCGGGUUCCUUCCGGGCGACGCCGGCCCGCGGCGGAAGGCCGGACCCGGGGGAGAGGUCCGGGAGGAGGUCGAUGUCGCCGGCGGCGAGCCGCGCGGAGAGCCGGGGAGUCGGCUCGGCCGGGCCGGCGGUGGGCCGGACCCAGUCCGCGCGGAGGACGAACCCGUCUCCGGGACGGGUCAGGCCGGCUCCGGCCGAGGGCAGGAACCGGGAGGGCCGCGGCGGUGGCAAGAGGAUGAGUAGCGGCAACGAGUCCCUGGACAACCCGCUAGUUUCUUUGGAGUGCUUCAUAUUUCUAUGAAAAUUGCGAAGAUGGCCGAAAAAAUAUUUACGGGUGCACGCAGCUCCUCUUUUCUACUUUGCAAUUUCCCCCACUUUUGUAAUUUUUUUUAUCCUUUUCUUGGGCAAUUUUUUUUUUUUUUUUUGGUGCUUUAGAAUAUGUGAAUAGGUAAGUCAACUUCGAGAGGUCAAUUUGUGGGUAUGGGAAGAUCAUAACGCAAUCAAAUUGACCUUAAUUUUGUUUUUUUGUUAUUGUCCUUUUCCACUCAAUUUCAAUUUGGUGCAUUGUCACUUUGCAUGCAGGAAUCACGCGAGUCACUUUUCCGUGAGCAAUAUGAUUUACUUGGGGGAA